AGUGAGCACUGCUUUGACACGUGUCCCACCCUCACCCUGCCCAUAGGAAGAGAAAUGUACAGACACUGAAGCAGCCGUUAAAGAACCAUUCCUCCGCAUCACUUCUCACACUUCAGCUGUUGCCUUUGUUGUACUUCAAUUUGAGUCUGAACUCUUCCCAUUCGUCUCCUGGUAAAAGAACGUGAGAAACAAGGCCAACAUUUCUGUUUUAGGCCAUGGCUCAUAUCCAGAUCUCAGAGGACAGAGACAAGCUGAAGCGAGGCCUGAUAAAGGUGUUGCAGUGCAUAUCCACCAUCUCAUCAGCAGCUGCUGUGGUGAAUCCCAUCUUUGGAGUGGCAGGCUCACUGAUCCGCGUCGUCCUUCAAAAUGUGAAUGACGAGGACAUUCAAACUCUUCGACGUGAGUUUGGAAGCAUGAACCAAGCCCUGGAUGAGCUUUCAUUGCAGAACCGUGGCACGUUGCAGCAGAUCAGAAAGGAGACAUUGGAUGGGCAGUACAGCCAUGUAGAGGAGAACCUACGUAACCAGUUCCGUAAGUUCAUGGAGGUGGUGGAGGCACGGCCUGAGAACAAGGAGCGCAAGCGUGAUGAUUUCGAGGAAAGCUAUGCCAAUGACCUGGGCGACCAGAACCUGCACACGCUCUAUGAUGGUGUAAUGGGCAAGCCCAAGCUCUUCAGCCGACCUAUCCUCGAGGUCUACAUGACUCACUCACAAGGAGAUCGGAGGGUGAUGGAGCGCCUGUGCACUCGCCUCACCUACCUGUUCUGCAUCGGCCUCAUCGCUCUGAUGGGCUAUGCUGCCACCAUUGGUGAUGACGAAGAGGGCCUGAGUGAGGAGUGGGCCGAGAAGAUGAAGAAUGUGCAAGAGAAGAUGCAGGAGGUGCUCAGGAAGUGCAAGUGAUUCCUGUCGUCUAAUUCACACAAGCUUUUUAUGACAUUAUUUACUGUCACUAUCCUUAAUUUUUUAUUAAGGGACAGAAUUGUAGACUGGUGCACAAAUUUUGAAGGGAGCAUAUUUUUUGCCUGGAUAGUUCUAGCAUCAGUUACCAUUCUUUAUGUUACUCAAACACACUGUUCGCAUGACUACAGUCAGUGAUUUUAUUUUAAAUGUUUUGAAUUAAGUUAUUGGAAAUAAAGCCUGACAACAUGACUAUUUCUACCAAAAAGCCAAUCAAGAUAGGAUCAUUUUUUCAUACAAUUAGAGUGUAAACAAACUUUGUCUGUAUCCAUUCCUCCAAUUAGUCUAUGUUGGGUUCUUGAGGAGCAGAUACCUUGCUGUUUGGAACGCUUAUACAGUACCUGAACAUUUUGGAGAUGGCUCAAGGAAACACUUGUGUUUACAAUUAGAACACAUCAAUUUAUUCACUGCAUUUAGGUUUAAAAGACCAGUGUAUAGAUUAUAAACAAGUUAAUUAAUAAACAGGAAGCAGUACAAAAGAAAGCAGCACACUUUUGCACAGGGAAUCACACAAGGGACAGCAGUGUCACCCAAAUGCUGACAGAACUGCAAUGGGAACCUCUGGAAACUAAGAGGGCAAGAAGUUGAUUAGCCUUGGUGCCUUGAUUAGCCUUGGUGGAUAAAAUUCAAAACAGAAAAGUGGCAACAAAGGCAGACAAAUACCGUACGUAACUUACUUACAAGUAUAAAGAACAAGGAAAAAGAAUGACAAACAAAUCAAAUUUCCAUUUGCCUAGAUGGAUACCUACAAAAAUUCAUUUUUUGUGAGGACAAGCAAGGACUGGAAGAAACUUGAUAAUGCUAUAGUCAAUGCACCACAUUGGACAGUCUCAAAGGAACUCUGGCAGCACUCUAUUACACACAAGGUUUACAUCAAGUUGGGGAUAUGCAGAGUACUGACUUGCCAAAUAAACAUUCAGAAGGUUUAGAAGGUUCCAGAAGUGCCAGAUACUUUAUCUUUCUCUACUGGUCCUGCAACUGCUUGCUUAUCACACACCAGGACAGCAGAUGUCAGAUUAAAAAGAUAGGACUAUAAAAUAUACAAGGAAUGUUUAGUGAGAGAGAGGGGGGAUAUAAUCUAAGGGGAGACCUAAAUUUUAAAAAACCAAAGGUUCGAACAAAUAUGAAAAGCAUGUGCGUAUCGAGCUGUGGGGUGACUUUAUGGAACAGACUGGAGACAGAAAUAAAACAAAGUGCAAAUAUAAUUCUGUUUAAAAAAAGGUACAAAAAAAUAUUUUUAAACAAGUAUAUUGCAGAGGAAAUAUGUUAAUGGAGGAUGAUGAGGGAUAAAUAGAAUAGGGUUGAUUGUUAUAUUAGAACUAGCUUAGUAUAUGGUAUAUAUUUAUUUAUGGGGAUAGAUAUCUUCAUAUUUACAGGGAUAAGUAUGUAGUAGAUAUUUUUUUUUUUUUUGUAAUUAUAUAUUUAUAUAGAUAGUUAUGUGUAUAUGUAUAUAUAUGUAUAUGGAUAUGG